AUGGCGAUGCGGAUGUCGUUGACGAAAAUGGGUCAGGGCCAUAAGCCGUUUCAGUGGUUCUUUUCUCGUGUGAAAGGAUCCUAUUUUUUUAGACGCCGCCGUAUGAAGCCGAUUUUGUUUCUAGCCAUGGUGCUAACCUUGUGUACGUUGAUGCUUCUGGCGGUGGGUAGCAGACCUUGCACAGAAUAUGUAGAAGAUUCGGCAAAGCCGAACGACGACUUCAUUGCCGACUGGGACGCCGAUGACCCAAGACUCGCAUCGCACAUUCGCAGUAACUACAUGAUUCCACCGACGUCCAGAGAAACGCCGUACAACUUGGAAGAGCCACUGCGACGGGAUCACUCACAGAGGAAGCAGUCGAUGGCCGUCGACCGAAUAUUCAAGGGCAAGCGCGACGGCUUCUUCGUCGAAAUGGGAGCCUACGACGGCGAGACUUACUCCAACACGCUAUACUUCGAGAGGUUUCUCAACUGGACAGGACUGUUGGUAGAAGCUGGUGCCAUCAACUUCGCCAACAUGCUUAACAAGAAGCGAAAGGCAUGGCUUCUCAAAGGCUGCGUUCACGGCGCUCAAAAACCAGAAAAACGUCUGUUCGUUGAGGCUAUGGAAGUGGGUUCUACCGAAGAGAAUAUGAACCGCUUAAAGCUGAGCUUAAUGCGCCUAUAUCGUCGAUGUACUGUGGCGAAAGUAUGGUGCUUUCCGUUAAAGAGUGUCAUGAAUGUGAUCAACGUGACCAAAGUCGACUACUUUUCACUGGACGUCGAAGGAGGUGAGCUGCCCAUCCUCAAAAGUAUUCCCGACAGCGGAAUCGAUGUCUCCGUCAUCCAGGUCGAAUACAGCGCCUUCAACGGAGCGUUCUGGAACAAAGACGAAUCGCAUAAACGGCUGACUGAGAUGAGAGACUUCGUGAAAAUUCACAUGCCGAAACUUAAAGAGUACAGAACAAUGGCACUAGACGUGAUUUUUGCCAGACCGGAGCUAUCAACAAUAUAA